AAAAUUGAGCACUUCUCCUGUGAAACAGUCUGAGAGCUCAGGUGUUGUGCUUUCGUAUGCAUCCUGUAAGGAAAAUGUCUUCUGAGUGCAAAGCUACAAGAAAUGCAAACCAGAGUGGCUCUAGGUCUUGAGCUACUUGCAAAAAAACUACUGUGAGAUUAAGGGACUGGUGACAGAGGUCUCGAGGUUUGUGUCUUAAGGCUGGAAAAAAAUGUUGACAGUUUUUCCUACUGGGAAAUUGCAUUCCUGUGCCACGUAUGAACAUCAGUAGGUUGAAAGAAAAACUUACGUCACACCUCUGAUUGCAAUCUCGCUUUUCUUUCUUUUUUUUCCACCACUUCUUGCAGACAGGAUUAAUAUAGCCAAGGACUUGCACAUAAUUUAAUAAAACUUUGAAAAAGUAGGAGUUUACUGCUAUAAAUGAGGGAUCAACAGAAAAAAAAAGAAAGAUGUCAAGUUAAGAGGCUUCAACUCCUGCAACACCUAAACUGAAGCUGGUGCCGUGUUUCCCUCUGGAAUCUGUCUCACCCCUCUGCAGAUGCCAGCCCUCCCGCAAGUGGCACCCUGCUGCAAGCAGUAGCUGAUGCAGCGUGGCUGCCAGUGAGUAUUUGAAGAGAUUCCCCCUGUGUCUGGUUCCCAGUGCAGCUCCCAUGGCCUGUGACGAACCCACUGCUGUCUCGGGCAUCUUCACACGCCAGAACUCUGCCAGCACCACCUCUCUGGACUUUGAGCCUGACGCCGACUACAAGUUUGUUGAAACCUUAGAGGAUCGGUACAAGUGCGCCUACUGCCACCUCGUCCUUCACAACCCCCACCAGACAGGAUGUGGGCACCGAUUCUGCCAGCAGUGCAUUCUUUCUUUGAGGGAGUUAAAUGCAGUACCCACCUGUCCUGUCGACAAAGAAACAAUAAAAAUGCACGAGGUAUUCAAAGACAACUGCUGUAAGAGAGAAGUUCUCAAUUUGCAUGUGUUCUGCAAAAACUUUCCUGACUGCAAUUCAAAAAUAAUUCUGGGACGAUAUCAGGAACAUCUUCAGCAGUGUUUGUUUGAAAGCAUGCAAUGCACUAAUGACGGAUGUUGUGAUCAAAUUCUUCGGAAAGACGUGAAAGAACACUUGAGCCAGCACUGUAAAUUUCGAGAAGAAAUGUGUCAGUACUGUAAUACAUAUGUGGUGUUCAUUAACAUAAAGAAUCAUGAAAAAGAUGACUGUCCUAAUUAUCCUGUGCCUUGUCUCCAAAAUUGUUCACAAAUAAUUCUGAAAAAAGAGAUUGAAAAGCACCAGGCUGUGUGCCCUGAGGCAGAAGUGGACUGCCCGUAUAAGCAGUAUGGAUGUCUUGCAAAGGUUAAAAGAGGGAAACUUGCUGAACAUGAAAACACUGCCCUGAGGGAACACAUGCUGCAGAUUUUAGACAAGAACUCCCGGUUGGAAGAACAGAUAUCUGACCUAUAUAAGAGCCUGGAAUGUAAAGAGAUUAAAAUCCAGCAGCUGGCAGAGGCCAUUAAAAAGUGUGAGAAAGAAUUCAGACAGUAUACACAACUGUUUGGUAAAAAUAGCAACUUGAUGGUAAGCACACAGGCUUUGGCCAGCCACCUGGAUAAGUCUGCACACCUGGAAUCUCAAGUGAAACAGCUAAUACAGAUGGCAAACCAGCAGCAGAGUAAAUUAGACUUGCGGCCCCUGUUUGACACAAUCGAAAAUGUAAAACAGAAGAUUGCCCUGAUGGAGACAUACAAUCAGCGCUUGGUUGUUUUGGAAGAUCAGUCCAGCAAACAUGAUCUCCAGAUCAAUAUUCACAAAGCACAGCUCAAUAAAAAUGAAGAACGAUUUAAGCUUUUGGAAGGCACCUGCUACAAUGGGAAAUUAAUCUGGAAAAUCACAGACUACAAGAUGAAAAAGAAAGAAGCAGUGGAAGGCCGUGUCCUCUCCAUAGCCAGCCAGCCCUUUUACACCAGCCGCUGUGGGUACAGGUUGUGUGCGAGAGCCUACCUGAACGGGGAUGGCUCAGGGAAGGGAACACACAUCUCUCUCUACUUUGUAGUGAUGAGGGGGGAAUUUGACUCACUACUGCUGUGGCCUUUCAAGCAAAAGGUUACACUUAUGCUUUUGGACCAAAGUGGGAAAAAAAAUCACAUUGUGGAAGUCUUUAGAGCCGACCCCAACAGCAGCAGUUUCAAAAGGCCAGAUGGGGAAAUGAAUAUUGCCUCCGGAUGUCCUCGCUUCGUGCCGCACGCGGUCCUGGAGAACACAAAGAACACCUAUAUCAGAGAUGACACUCUGUUUUUGAAAGUCGUCGUGGAUUUAACUGAUCUGGAGGAAUUGUGAAAAUUGUUCCCAAUCAAUGUGACUGCUUUAACCAUUAAGAACUGCUUUCUUGGUGACUACCAGCCAUGCAAUAGUGAAUUGCCACCAAUCAAGCUACUGAGAAUGUUUCACAGCUUUUGGACUCAUAAUGAAUUGCCAAAGUGUCAGCCUUUCCUUUUUUAACCCUUUUUUCAAGACUGCAUUUUUAAGGCAGCUAGAAGUCCGGUUUGGUGCAAACAUGCAUUCAAUCCAGAUUGGCUCAGUCCAGGCUGGGGGGAAUGCUUUUCUCCCAUCACCAAACUGGUGUUUGGAGAUGAAACUCCUCCAGUAACUUCCCUGGAGCCCAGGCAGGCCUGUGGGCUCCCAUCCCUCACACAGCAGUGAAGCCAUGCCCAGACGUGCAAGUGCAUUUCACCUGCCUGCAAUAGAAACAUUUCAACAUUAGCAAAUUUGAAUCAAUAUGUCUUAGUCCCUCCAUCUCCUGGAUUUUUGAAGAGGGGAGAAUGGCUUCAGUUAGGCAGGGAAAACAUUUGCCAAGUAUCUUGCAUUUUUGUAAUUUGUUUUAAUUAUGUUUUUCCAGAAAGCCCAGAGGAAGGCACCAAUGCCUCUUACUUUUUUAGCCUGGUUUUUCAGCUAUAUAGAGUACGCCCAGGUCACAACAGCUUUCUUAUGUCCUUUCCUUUCCUGCCUAGUGCCUUGGGACUGAUUUCCAUUAGUGGUAAACAUCCACAGUCCCCAUCUGAAGCCAAAAGCUGCAGGCACUUCUCACCUCUCAGGACAUGGCCAGAGGCAGGGCACUCGGCCAGCCUGCCAGCUCUUGGCUGUGCUGUUGGAAGAGGGGCAAAACUCCUGUUCUUUUUCUUCCACAUCUGUGCAAAAUUGAUGUUUUCUGGCUUACCAGCUUUAUAAAAGGCAGGAAAAGCUUUGGAUAUCUGCCUGGGAGAAAGCCCACGUAACAUGCACUGUUCCUCUCUCCUAGAAAUUUGGAUGUUAGGGGAAGAAGGGGGAAAAAGUAUUAGGGAGUGAGAUUGCAGUAGGAACCCAGUUCUCACAGAUAGUGCAGCUCUAGUGUUUGUUAAAGGGUGACAGCCACCCUUUAACAACUUGUUGUUCAGUUUGAAGAACUUCUUGUCUGAAGAUUAAGAUCUUCAGACAACACAGCAUUUGUUACAAAAGGGUAACAACUGCUGACUGUGUGGUCUGAAGAUCUUAAUUCUCAUUUCAAGUUCCUUCCAUACUGCAAGGGAAUGUGUGCAUUGUAUGGGGUUUAUUGGAGACCGACUAAAACUAUCAAGAUCAGGCACUGAGGAACAAGUGACACAGAAUACACGUGCCUUUUUAAAGCCUUUUGGGUGCCUGUAACAGGGAUGUAAUUUUGCAUUCUCAGCCAUUUUGUUAUUACAAGUGACAGAGUUUUGCAUCUCUCAUCUCUCACAGUUCAGGUAGUGAAACACCACAGCAUUAUCCAUUGCUCCAAAGCUUAUCAAGAGACAGCAAGACAAUAAGCUGGAUUUAGAGUAAGAGUAAACUAGGCCGGAUAAAAAUCAAAACGGGGCAUGGACUGAAAAGUAUAAGGCAGAAAAUUCAAGAGGGCAAAUGUGACAAAAUGAAAAAUGCCCUCUCUGUGCGGAAUGUUGAUAUCAACUAAAAUAAUUCAAGGUUUGGUACUAAGAUGAAGGCAAAAUACUGCAUUUUGUAUCAGCAAUCUUAUUGCUAGACAUUUACUUUCCCAUGUGGUUUUCAGGAUGUAACUCAGACACAUAUAUUUUCAAAUUGGGGGGCGGAAGGGAAGAGACCUUAGUAAUCUAUACCUCCUGGUGGGUUAGCACAUCUGAAAUCUUUGUUUUCAUCUGUAAGUCCUUUUUGUUUUACAAUGUCAGGACGUACUGAGCCACCAUAGGGGCUUUCCGUGUUCCCAGAAACAGAUGGCAAGGAACAAUUUUAUUCUUUUGUACCACCAUGAUUGACUUCAAGAGUAAUUUCAGCUGUACAGCAUAAAGAAUUAGGCCUCAUGUCCCUAGUAUUGUUACAGAAAGAGAAAGCUUGGUUUGACAGUGGUGUGGCAUUCUGUGUCAUCAACCCUGAGCCUCAGAUGUGGAUUUCAUGUUGAUUAUUACUUCAGUAUUUGUCACAUAACUUUCAAAGUGACACAACUUGCAUAAUAACCACUAAUAACUGAUGGAAAUGUACCAACCGUGUGUCCUGGGACUCCUCAGUACUUUGAGUAUAAAAUACAGAAAAUUAUAAAGAACUUGGACAAGCAAGGGAGGCAAGAUGGAAAGGAUGUGGUCUGUAUCCUGGCAAAUACCCAGCCCUCUCCGCCUCCACCACCCCAAGCGUAAAAUGGGGAUAAUAAUACUUGCAGAAACGUUAGAGCUAUUUAAAUGUUUGUGAAGAAGUUUGAGCAUGAAGAGAGCUAAGUAUUAUUAAAACUCCAUUUCUAAUUGUUAGAGUAGGUGAUGGCAUAGUGACGUGGAUAAGUGUUUAGUGUUUUCCUAGACAGAUUUUGAAAUCAUGUUUGGUUUUAGCCAGUUUGUACUGCAGUCUCUCCUCUACCUACUGGUUGGGUUUAGGUUUUUGCCAUGAAUAUUCCUCUUAAAAUUUUGAAGCACAAAUGAUUCGUCCUGGGUGUUGGAAACAUCCCUUUUGACAUACUACCUGUUUUAUAAAGAAUUAGUUGAGAAAAUUGGGUUUUUUUAAAGGCAAGACCUUCUUUAAAUUGUUUUUUUUUAAUUACAGUAAUUGAGAUUUAUGUUAAAAUUUUCAGUGAUUUUUUUACUACUUGUAAACAGGAUUUUAAACUUCACCCCAUUCCUAAUAAAGAAAAAAAAAAUAUGUUGUAUAGCAUGAAUUGUCAGGAAGAAUUUUGAUGUUGCAUGAAAAGAAUACCAAAAACCUUUUCAAUAAUAUUGUACUGGAUAAGUAACCAAAAGAGCUUAGGGUAUUUCUACAUCAGCAUAUAGUAUGUUUCUAACGUAUUUAUUGACAGUUUGUAGUUGUUUGAAUAUCUCUUACUACAAUGCAGGCAUUUUUCUAGCCAAAUGUCUUCACUGUGUACAUAAACUAAUGUAAGAAUAAAUAAUUUUACCAUCCUUCUGGA